AAAGAUAACGGCUUUAUAACUUGGCGCCGCACUCUGGAGAGCCAUUGGGAACACGGAGUUUGGUGGAAGAAGGAAGGGGCAGCCUACUGAAUGCCAACCAUGAAGUGUAUUUUGUUUUACUUAGCGGCAUUCGUGACAGCCUGUGCCACUGUUGACCUCGGUUAUGUGAACAACUUCCACGUUAAGGAAUUCGGGACUGGUUACGUAAAGGUUGCUUGGGACUUCGUCGACGGCAACACCAGCCACCCUCUGCACAAGUAUUCACUAACCGUCGACUCUGACCUGACCAUGGAGUUCAAAUGCGGCAAGCCAGCUUGUGAGAGGAUUAUAGAAGACCUUGACGCCUGCGUUGAACAUUUAUUCGAAUUGACGCCAAUAUUCUACACCCCAACGGGUGAUGACAUGGAUGGAACUCUCGCCAGCACCACCGGAUACACCACUGAUGAGAUACCAGGCGCGGUGAGCAAUAUCAAGGUGACGGCCGAUACUGAUGUUGAGACGAGCUUCAAGUGGAACCAACCACUUGUGAACCCAAAGUGCGUCGUCCUUUAUCGUUUGUGCUACCGCCUGGAUGGAGAGACCGAUAAUCCCUGUGUCGAGUCCAACACAACAACAGCCACCGUGAAGAGCAUGUCUGCCUGCGCCACUUACCACGUCACCGUGACUCCCGUGACUCCGUCCGGGAAAGAAGGUCCAACGAUCGAGUCCGUGUUCGAGACUCACGAUGGAGUGCCCGGCAAACCCGAGGACGUGCAUGUAGGACUCAUUACUCCGGAAACCAUCCAACUCCUGUGGAACAAUCCAUCAAAUAACUUUCUCUGUUUGGAGAGAUUUCGCAUCACCAUUGGAGAGACGCACGCAAAGACAGUGAGGCCUGCGACGAGGACAACUUCAGGUUACGACAAUGAGUUUACGUUCACCCCGCUGUUCCCGUGCACCAACUACACCAUCGACAUCUGCUCGGCUAAUGUGGCCGAGAUGACCAGCGACAAAGUCAUCAUGUACGCCAGCACUAAUGAGACAGAGCCACAGGAGCCACCCACUGUCACGGUGACCCCUAGCGGACCCGACACCAUCGAGGUAAGCUGGGGCGACAACGAAAACGACCGCUGCUCAGGAAGCUUCGAGGUGUGCUGGUAUGAUGGCGUGCAUCCUGUGGAGCAAUGUCAGGAAGUUGGAGGUGACGGUGACAACCUGGUCGUUCAUGAUCUUCUCCCGUGUAGCAAUUACGACUUUUCCGUCACCGUGCAUUCUCCCAGUGGCACCUUCGUUAGUAAUUCCACUUUCAACUCUACUUCCACUGAAGAUGUCCGUCCCGGUCCUGUGGUCAACCUACAAGUUGUCAAUGUCGACGUGACGGAGAUGACGGUAACCUGCGAACCGCCAGCUGUUGAUCCUCAAUGCGCGAAGGAGGUCAUCACAAGGAUCAUUGACGAAAACGCGAAGUCACAGCGGAUUGUGAGGAGAUCCAGUUUUCAAGAAACCAUCAACGGACUGGAGCCAUGCACCGAUUACAGAAUUCUCGUCAGCACAAAAUCUCCAGGCGGCCUCCAAUCGGAAGAGAGAGAAACAACAAGCAGGACCUUAGAUGACUUACCCUCAGAACCGCAAGCGUUCAAUGUAACCGAGGUUACUACCACCUCUGUCACUCUUCAGUGGUUCCGCCCACUCAUUAACCCGCGCUGCGCCACCAAUUACACCCUGAAGUGGAAGAGCGACGUUGACAAUGACAUUAUCACAAUAAGUGAAACUUCCUCAUUCAAGACAGUGUACAUCGUAGACGGUCUGCAGCCCUGCACAAUACACAACUUCACGCUUAACGCAGAAUCGUCAGUUGGAUCAGGCCUUGAAACCGCUCUUGUACAAGCGACGAACUGCUGAUGAUUGUUUAUUCUUCAUUUCAUAUCAAUCAACGACAAUUAUGGAUAACAUCCCAGCAUAAAUACCAAUUCAUAGUUAGCCCCUCACAUCAGAUAUUUGUUCUGUGAACCGGAAAAUCACUUCUAGUAAAGAGAACGUUAGUUUUAAUAAUUAUAUUGAUAGAUUAUUAUCGCUGCUGCCAUCGCUGUUAUAACUAUAUACUUCCCUACUUUACUACUACUACUACUACUACUACUACUACUACUACUACUACUACUACUACUACAACUACAACUACAACUACUACUACUACUAUAGCUGUUGUUGCUACUGCUACUACAACAGCUACAGCAUUAGUCGCCAUCACCACAACCACCACCACCACUUCUACUAUUACUACUGCUACUACUACUACUACUUCUAUUACUGCUACUACUAGUACUACUACUACUUUUACUACUGCUACUACUACUACUACUACUACUACUACUACUACUACUAUGCUUGCCUAUCCAUUAUUCCACAAUCUUGUUGAAACUCAUAUUAUAAUCUUUAUUUUAGAAUAUCUUUUAUUUAUUACUUAAAAUGAACAUGGUAGCUUACCGAGAUUUAACCUGCCCUCUUGUUUGGCCAGGAUAAGAGGUCAGUCUGGUUACUUCCCGGAAAAUACUCGCCCGAAAACCCAACAUUACCACACUCUUCUGUUCCUCAAUAUAUAAAACAAUAUAGUGUU